AUGUCUCGUUCGGCUCUUCUUUCUCACCUCCUCACGAAGGAUUUCCCCUCACGGAGCAAUGCUACAUUGCUACGCUUGUCCAAUAUCAGCCCGAUCUCCGCUCCACCUAAACACGACCAGUUCGAGGAAAUAGCAACAUGGCGCGAACAAGUCACCCUUGCAUCAGAAAGCAGGACUGGAAGCAACGUCGGUCAGACAAUUACAUACGCAGGUGCACUCAAAGCCUUCAUGUGGCUGAGUGGUCCGAUGGUCAUGUCGAGACCAUGUCAAGACCGUGUCAGGUGCCCCUCAGCAACCCCUCACUGCCCCUCCAUGCGCCUUGUUGCUCCCCAAUGCCCAAAACAGCCAGUCGCAGCAAAUCUGAGCUGCGACGUAGGGACAUUGGAGGCCGCCGUUCUCGCUGGAUAUUGUUUGACCCCUUCGUUGGCAAAGAGCCCUUCGACGACUCAUUCGCGCCAAUUGGCCCCUCCACUAGGUACCGCCAAUGCUGGCCAGUCAAGCACCUGCGGCCCCUCACGCUACUGCCGUCCUUUCCGCACCUCCUCAACUACCGCCCUUCCCGUCAUCUUGUCGUCAAUAGGAGGACCAGUAUAUCGGUUGCCCCCUGCCAAACAGUACUACCGGACGUUGGCCGAAUCAGGUGUUCCGGUCUGCACUAGCCGAUGGGCUGGCAACGGCACACCAACCGAGGCUCUCGACACGGCCUUAUAUCCGGUCCCAAGAACGGUGGACCCAUGGCAGCGGCUCCUGGAAUACCGGGGAAGGAAUCGGGCACUGACGCCAGGCGACAGUUCAGCCGCGUCGGAUCGACACCUUUGUUCUAUGGAUGUUAGGCGGGCGAGGCGGUGA